UUUCCUUCUUCAAUGAAGCUAACUAAUGCAUUAUGGCGAGUCUAGCUGAUGUGUUUACUGAUCAGGAAAGGACGAACUGGUUGAAGGCAUGGCUGGCAAUCGAUAUUGCAAAGUCUGGUCUAGAGCAGUUCGCGGAGAACGAGGCUAAAGUUCUACACGUUAAUAUAUACAACACUGUCUUGACAGGUGGCGCAGUCGCGUGUUUUAACUGUCAGACUGCAAAUGUGUUGAAAUGCCCUUCACCAGGAAUAUGCAAUAAACGAGGAGCAAAUAGUGUAUGUAAAUCGAUGCAUGAUCACGCAUUAAAACAACCACGACCAUGUCCUGCUAACGUUUGUAAUAAAGUCCUUGUCGAAAUUUCAAAGCAACAUAAAUUUUCAAACCCUUCCUGGAAAAAUACAUUUGCGAAUGACUGGGCUUCAAAUCCAUGGCAAAUAGCCAAAGUGUAUUUGCCUCCGGACGGUUAUACUGGAAAGAGCUCGGUUCGAGAUACAGACUUCAACGGAAUCAUAAGUUUUAUGAUGAAUUGCAAACAUUUUGAUAACAAGUUUUCGUUCCCGAUAGCUUCAGGAAAAACACAUCUGCCAUGCAUCUUAACCAAGGCGCGAGACAUUGGCAGAACUGUCCGCCAUACGUCUACGUGCAAGGUCACAGACACAGAUCUCCAUGACAUAUUCAUAACGCUGACAAGCCUGCUGACUGACCCACAAUAUUUAGCAAACGACGUUGCUGCGCAGGAGGCUGUGAGAAAAUUAGCACAGCUACAAACCGAUGGUCUGAAGCUAACAACGAAGGAAAUUGUUGAUUUGCUAGAGGCUGCACAAGUUAAACUACACACUGUAGAAAAUAUAACUGAGAAGGCUAUUGAUGAGAUGCGGAUUUACAUUGACCACUGUAGAAAGGAUCUCAGCGCACACAAGGACAAUUGUAAAAAGGAACUCGAUGAACAUACGGGCAAAUGCAAAGAAGAAUUUGAUGAACAUCGUCGAAAGUCUGCAGAAACAGACUACGAACAAUCUUGUAAAGAUUUUCUGCGACGGUUGAUGGCUCAUUACAAUGACACUUAUAGCAAUGUAUCUAUUUCAAAUUUGGAUCAGAGUCUUGAUAAGCCUUUAGCAGAUAUAUAUGCAACACCAAAAAUACACCGUAUUGAAAUCGAAAAAAAUGGAAAACACGUUCAAAAGGAUCGAGUACUGACAUACAAAGACAUAUUUUACACAGAUGAUAAAUCAAAUCGGCGUAUAUACUUACAAGGCGAACCCGGUAGAGGAAAAUCUACGUUUUCAGCUAACUUAGUUAAUGACUGGUCCAAUAGAGCUCGGACGUCAUCGGCCUCUGACGGUGAAACUAAAGCAUUCUAUGACGUUUUCACACUUCAAAAAUUCAAGUUCCUAUUUUUGGUCACAUUGAGAAAUUCGAGAGGUCAGACCGAAGUAACGCAGAUGAUAAAGAAGCAGCUUAUUGACACAACGUUUUCCGAAGACGAACGCGCCGAUGUGUAUAAACUCUUUGUACAAAUAAUGAAAACUGAAGUUUGCCUCGUAGUACGGGAAGGUCUCGAUGAAUGGGUGUCUCCCGAUGGUAGUAACCUAGCUGAACCUUCCAUGGCUGGAUUUCAGACCGAAACGAGCACGAUACUUACAACAUCUCGACCAUGGAAACUGGCUGAUGAACGUAUCAAGAAUUCGCAAAUCGACAGUCUGUUAGAGAUUGAGGGGAUAAGUGAUCCAUAUUUAUUUAGUGAAAAUAUACUUCGAUGCAUAACUGACCAGACGGAAAAAAUACACGAAAUUGCGGAGAAAUUUGAGUCAUUCGUAAUAGAUCGCGAACUCGAAUCGUUAUCAUCUUCACCGAUGCUGUUCACGCUGGUCAUCUGUACUUGGAUAAACACAAUUGAUAAGAACGAGCAUUUAAAAGAAUCGUCAUUGUGUGCACUUUACACUACUCUGCUUGAAAGUCUUUGUAAAAAGGCUAACAGUGCAACUGGUUAUUUUAACGAUUCGAAUCCUCCACCUGUGCACUGUUUUUCUAGCACAAGUUAUAUACAGCCGAACAUUGAACACUUAGAUAAGCUCGCUGAAGUCGCGUGUAAAUUGCUCCUCUCUACUGAGAGAGAAUCAUCGAUUGUUUUCAACGAUAUAACAUUGUCCAACUAUUUUUCUCAGGACGAAUUCACAAUUCGAAAGACUUUUGCACUGAAGGCGGGAAUAUUAACAAACAGGAAAGAUAAAAGUCGGACAGGAAGCUCAAACUCUUUCGUUCACAAAACUGUGCAGGAACUUCUCGCAGCAUAUCAUAUCGCCCGUAAUCCAAACGUUAUAGAUGACGUUGUAUCCACAUAUCUUAAACUACACAGAAUAUCAUAUCUCGAAUUAUCACAAGUGCUUAUAUUUGUGUGUGGAAUGAACAUAUCUGCUGCGAAUAAACUUUCGGCUUUGAUGGAUCAAUAUGACGUUCCUGAUCUUUAUGAUUUCGAAGAUUAUGAUGACCCCCUUCCUCCCCCGGAGUUUCAGAAAACCAUUGAGUCUGGAAUAAGAGAGGCAGCUGCUAACAAUCUUGAUGGCAAACAGCUGAAACUCAGUCAUUUUUAUAUUAAUAAAGAAAACAUAAAAGAUGUAAGUAACAUAUGGUCUACAAACACAUUCAACGCCAAGGCCUUACUGAUAGGCACGUUUGAAAAACUGAGUUCAACUGCACGUGGCGAGCCGACAUCUCAUUUUGAGUUUAACCUGUCAUCGUGCCACAAGUUGGAAAGAUUGUAUCUAUCGGGGAGCGGCCUAUGGCUUGGAGGUACAGCCAGCUCAGCCACAUCGGAAUUUCCAGUCUUGGUUCUUCUAAACAGCGCAGAUCUACCCGAAGGUGAAGAAUCUCCUCCAGUACUGCGCUCCAUGAUAAGUAUUACCAUGCGAAGCUUCACAUGUUCCUCUGUCGGUUUACGUUGUUUGUUGAGCACGCUACUGACACUUGAUCAUGAGGUGCACUGUGAUCUGCGCGAAUAUGAUAUAAAAUCGUGUGCAAACGAAUCACAUAUGUAUACAAACGCAAACAUGACGAUGCGGAAAAUCGAUCAUGAUGUGGAGUGUGAUCUGGACAACUGUGACAUAACAUCCAGUGAAGAAGGAUCACUGGACAACUGUGACAUAACAUCCAGUGAAGACGGAUCAAGAGUACGGAUAAUGACGGCGUCCAACAAUCGCUUAACUAUGAGGUUUCGUUAUAAUGAAUGCCCCGGUCUGUGGGAGACUCUACAUAGUCUGAAUAUAAAGAGACUGAAUUUGAUAGAAGAUGGCGACUGGAGAGUAAAUAAUUCAGAAUUCAUGUCGAAGUCUCUAUUAUCGCUCACCCAACUUGAAACGCUGAAAAUUAAGGUUACGUAUGGCAAUAGCCGUCUGUGGAAGGCUAUCUAUGGUCUGAAUAUCAUGAGUCUGAGUCUGGGUGAUGGAAUGAUAGUGAGUCAUGUGAAGUCGCUUUCACGGUCUCUAUCAUCGCUUACAAAGCUGGAAACGCUUAGUAUAAGUUUUCAUAAAGACAGUCCCGGUCUUUGGGAGGCUCUUCGUGGUCUGAAUAUCAAGAGCCUAAAGCUGAGAAAUGGUCAUGAUUUCAGUGUGAAUCAUGUAGAGUCGUUGUCGCAGUGUCUUUCAUCGCUCACGCAGCUGGAAACGCUAAGUAUAAGUGUUUGCGAAGACAACCCCGAUCUAUGGGGAGCUCUACGUGGUUUGCAUAUCAAGAGUCUGCGUCUGGGUGAUAAGUUUAGCCGUUUUACAAUUAAUCAUGUAGAGUCGUUGUCACAGUCUCUAUCAUUGCUCAUAGAGCUGGAAACGCUACGUAUUACUGUGAGUGAAGACAGUCGCUUUCUGUGGAAGGCUCUCCAUGGUCUGAAUGUCAAGAGUCUGCGUCUGGGUGACACUUAUUAUGCUUCGAAAGUGAAAUAUGUGAAAUCGUUGUCUCAGUCUCUAUCGUCGCUUUCACAGCUUGAGAUGCUUAGUAUAGGUGUGUCUGUAGAUAGUCCGGGUUUGUUCGAGAUUCUCAAUGGUUUGAAUAUCAAGAGUCUUAGUCUGCGUAUACACUUCUCUGAGGGACACGACAUGCUAGUUCACGCGCCGAAGACAUCGUCUGGUUCACACUUUCAUGGCAGCUCCGUGGCCGAAGUGAGUGCUCCAGCACCUAGUUAUGAUGCACAGCAAGGAGUCAUCGAAUUGGUCAAGUCCCUUGCCGAACAAGUUAGUCUUAGUAGACUUCCUCCCCCUGAGCCAACGGUUUUCAGUGGCGAUCCUCUGAAAUAUCCAGGUUGGAAGGCAGCAUUUCAGACGCUGAUAGAACACGCCAAAAAGGUUCAGAAGGGAGCAGGUGAUCAGAUUAAUCAGUCCGGUCUAGCGUUAAUGAGCAACGUUGGUGCCCAAUGUAAGAUCUCCAUGAUCGUUCCAGUUUACAUAUCCCAUUGUGACGAUCCUGACCGCGAGGUAUUGGUUUAUGCAAUUCUUGAUACUCAGUCCGAUACUACCUUUGUUCUCUCAAACACUUGUGUUUCUCUUUGUGUGACAGAUUCACCAGUUUAUCUUGUUCUUUUCACUAUGCAUGCAGAGAACCAAUUGAUUCAGACCCAAAGGGUCCGUGGCUUGGUUGUGCGCGGUUUUGAUAGCGCUUUUCGAAUUCCUUUGCCAGACGCCUUCUGUAGGGACACGAUACCUGGAAACAGAGAUCACAUUCCAACUCCUGAUGUUGCCAGACUUUGGCCUCACCUUGAAGAAAUUGCAGAUAACUUGAUUCCAAUUUCAUUAUGCGACUGUGGACAUCUUAUUGGCUAUAACUGUGCUAGAGCUCUUAUGCCACGGGAGAUCUUUCCACCGGUUGGAAACGGACCUUACGGUCAGCGUACAUAUCUUGGCUGGAGCAUUGUGGGUAUUGUUGAUCCAAAUCAGACGUUAGAUGCCCCUGCCGAUUGCAUAGGUAUAAGUCAUCGCAUUUGUACACGUGAAGUUCAUCCCACACUUGUUUCUGAGGCUGGUAGCAUGAGUAGUGUGUCCUUCUCCUUCCCUGCUACUAUUAAGGUGACUGGAACGUCAGAUGUAGUUCGUAUGUUAGAACUAGAUUUAGUCGAUCGAGGUGUGUCUGGUGUUAGCGGUCCUCAGGAAGAUAAACAAUUCAUGAGACUUAUGAGUCAGGGAAUUUCUAUGAUAGAUGGUCAUUAUUCAAUGCCUUUGCCUUUCAAAGUUGAUCCCCCCUCGCUGCCCUGUAACAAAGAAAUGGCUCUAAGGCGUCUGAAUAGCCUUCGGAAGCGGCUUGUGUCAAAUGGAGAAUACCGCAGUCAGUACAUGACAAUUCCUAGACUUGAGUUAACCGCUGCCACUGGUUCGGUCAGGGUCAGUAAUCUGUUGAAGAAGGAGCUACCGUUUGAACAUGUAACUGAAUACUUUUGGACGGACACCAAAGUGGUAUUGGGAUACAUUUCAAACGAUUCCAAACGAUUCCACGUCUUUGUUGCAAACCGUGUACAGCUUAUAAGAGACCUUACUGAUCCGUCUCAAUGGAGAUACGUUGAAACGAAGCAUAAUGUUACAGACACAGCUUCUCGCGGAGCAUCCAUUUCAGAGUUGGUCGAUUCCAACUGGUUUAAAGGCACCAACUUCCUUUUGGAAAAGAGCAGCGUUCCUGCUCCAGUAGUUAGUGAAGAUUACUCUUCGUUGCAAGAUAAUGACCCAGAGCUUAAGUCCCAAUGCUUCUCAACACUUGUUAACUCUUUUCCGUCCCGUCUAGAGCGACUGGAGUACUUCUCUGAUUAG